GUACAAUGGUGUCAAAUAUCCCUGCCAUGUCUCGAGAGUAUCGGCUUGCAAAGAAUGAAGGGAUCCAAUCGCUCACAUUGCGUGAAGCGCCGGUCCCUACCCCCGGCGACAAGGAAGUCCUAGUCAAAAUCCACGCCGUCUCGCUGAACUACAGAGACCUCCUAGUAGCCAACAACGCGCACCCCUUCCACAACAAACCGAACCUCGUCCCCGCCGCGGACGCCUCCGGCACGGUCGUCGCGCUCGGGCCCGCCGUUACACGGUGGCGCGUCGGCGACCGCAUCUCGUCCAACCUCGCGCCGGACCACAUCCACGGCGACGCCGGGCCCGGCGGGCUCGGGCCCGUCCUGGGCGGCAGCGUCGACGGCGUGCUCACUGAGUACCGCGUCUUCGCCGAGCACAGCCUGGUGAGGAUCCCCGCGAACCUGACGCACGCGGAGGCGGCGACCCUACCGUGCGCGGGCGUGACCGCGUACAACGCGCUGCUCGGCCCGCGCCCCGUCAGGGCGGGAGACACCGUGCUCGUCCUUGGCACGGGCGGCGUGUCGGUCUUCGCGCUGCAGAUUGCGCGCGCAAGCGGGGCGGCGGUGAUCGUGACGAGCGGCAGCGACGAGAAGCUCGCACGGGCGACGCAGCUCGGCGCGACGCAUGUUAUUAAUUACAAGAAGACGCCGGAUUGGGAGGAGGAGGUGCUGCGUCUCACGAAUGGGAGGGGGGUAGACCAUGUCAUCGAGGUCGGCGGCCCCGGCACCUUCGACAAGUCCAUCGCCGCCGUGCGCAUGCAGGGCAACAUCCACGUGAUCGGCUUCCUCGCAGGGGCAGCCGACGUCCCCAACCUACCGAUGAAAAUCCUGCAGAAGGGUAUCAACGUGCGCGGCAUCCUCGUCGGGCCGCGUUCCUCGUUCGAGGAGCUGGUACGGCUCGUCGAGGCCAACGACGUCAAGCCCGCGGUGGACAGGGCGUUUCCGUUCGAGCAGGCCAGGGAGGCGUACGCGCACUUGCAGGCGCAGAGGCACGUCGGCAAGGUGGUCAUCCAGGUUGCGGAGGAUUGA